AUGGCUACUCUUCCAUCACCGGAGGUGCCCGUGGAAUCUGCAUUGAAUGUUAUUGUCGAUGAAGAGAUUAUGCAGAUGAAGAACAAGUCUUUUUGUUCAAAAUUGAAGGACACCGUAAAGAAUAAAUUUCCGCGACUCUUCCGCAAGAAGGUAGGCUUCCCGCCUAUUCAGAAAUGGAUACACUCAGUCACUCUCAAGGACCCGGAUCAACAGCCAAUCUGA